AACGCGCUUUGUUUGAAAUUUUGCUGCUAAAUCAAGAAACUAUAAUAAUUAAAAUAUAGCAUUAAUUAGUCACAUUCAGUUAAGCAGGACAGUCCUAAAAUGGAGUUUGAGUUCAUAAUACCACAAAAGAAUUCAGAUUUGCUUGAAGCAGGCACGGGAAAUUCGUUUUGUGUGACAAAAGUUUAUAACGAAAAGGAAUGCUUUGAAAAGUUGCGGCUUGCGCGUCUUGCACUCACAGAACAUGGAAUACCAUACAUUUUUGACUAUUUCGAGACAUUUUUCUCGAUCACGGAACUCGCAAAGGAUCUUCAAAAGCAACAGAUCUUUCGAGCAACUGAUCUUUUAUACAAAUCAAUCGAUAAAUUGGGACAAGAACUCGCUGAAACCCUUCAAAACACAAAUUUAUCACAAGAUGAACGUAGUCUUAAUUUAAAUGCCUUAAAAAUGUUAAUAUAUGCACAAAUAACAUUAAUGAAGAAGAUCGAUAAGGAUGUAUUUGCCUACACAGAAGGAAAGGGAAAGUCUAAGAAGCAAACAGCUGAGGAUAUGGAUCACAUUCAAUGGGAAGAGAGAAGAUACAAAAGUCUAUUACAGUUAUUUAACAUAAUUCAGUUGCCUUUAGAGAAUUUAUGGCAACCACCAGUUCCAGAAGAGAAUUUUGUUAAUUUAAUUGCCGAUAUUGCCUAUCGCUCUCUUGAGCAUCCAACUAUUAAAGAUAAAAAUGUCGGCGAUACAUCCAUACAGAUCCUUGGAACAUUACUAAAACGCUAUAAUCAUUCCAUGGUAUUUCCAGUACGAAUAUUUGAGAUUCUAAAAUCCUGUGAAAUGGCAAUUCCAUCAAUAUGUCAAGGAAUGGUUGUCCUGUAUGAGCAGUAUGGCAUGCAGACAAUUUUUAAAGUUAUGGUCGAGCAGGUUUUGGAAGGACUUGAUGAUUCUGCAGAUGCUAUGACAAUUAAGAAUAUUUCACAAUUUUUCACUGAAUUAGGAAGUAUUGCGCCAGUUCUAUUAAUGCCAUUCAUACGCGAUAUAGCAAGUGAUGUAUUAAGCUUGGAAUCAUAUCAAUUGAGAAUCUGCAUCCUUACAUUAAUGUCUGAAAUCAUUUGUACUGAAUUGACAGGCGAGAAUCUCGUUCAAGACCAUAAAGACAUUAGGAAUGAAUAUUUGGAGCAUAUUUACUACCAUAUUCAUGACGUAAAUGCACACGUACGCUCAAAAGCAUUAGCAUUAUGGACACAUAUGAAAAGUGUUGAUGCUGUUCCUGUAAUUUGGCUCUCGCCAAUCAUGAAAGUCGUUGCAAGUCGUUUAGAAGAUAAAUCAGCUUUAGUUCGCAAAAAUGCAAUUCAUUUGAUGACGUCAUUCUUGGAACGAAAUCCAUUCGCAUCAAAAUUGUCAAUUGAAGAACUAGAAGCACGUUACAAUGAGAAAAUUAAAGAAUUGAGUGAUUUCCGUAAUAAAAUGAUUGAGGAAUCGAAUAAAGUUGAUGAAGUUAAUACAAAAUGCGAAGAACUGAUCAAGGACAUGCAUGAACAUAUUAUUCGAUGUAUUACACUUUCAUCGAUUGAGGAUGAAGGCAUUCGUGCUGAAGAUUGUGCUCAACUUUAUAGCGAUUUUGAUAAAAUUUUGGAAGAUAAAAAUUAUAAGCGUCUUGCCUUACUCGUCCGUAAAGCUGAGGAACUAAAUGGAAAUUGGGAAACUAUUAAAGGUUUUGAGCAAGAAGAAGCACUGCUUUAUUUCGCUAUGCUUCUUAAAUCAUACUUUUUGCUCCAAAACAACUGCAAAGACUACGAAGAAGAUUACAAAAAGGCAGAAAAUGCUGUACGCUAUUUGGAGGAUUGCUUAGAAUUUUCAAAGCUUCUCGUUGCUGCCGUUCCAAAGCUACAGAAUUUGUUGAUGUCAAAAACAGAAAGCGACUCAGCAGAAGCCAUCAAUUUCUUUACUGCCGCCUACUUAUUUGGCAUUAAAAAUACUGAGCAUGGACUACGUCAAAUGUUAUAUUUGGUGUGGGCUACGGCAAAGGAAAAACGAGAACCUGUUCGUGAAGCCUUUAAGCAUGUAUUGUGGAAGACUGAUCAGCAAGGACGCGCACAUUCCGUGAAAGUUGUCUACAACUUAAUGAGAUUUAUUGAGGGAUUAACAUUCAGCCAUCACAUAGCCUUCGAAGAAUUGGUUCGAGAAUAUGUCCUCAACGAUGAUAUUGACAAUUCAAUGAUUCAAGUAAUGUUUGAGAUUUAUUCAAAGAAAAUCGAGAAUGUCACAAGCAAUGAUUCUCGACUUGCACUUCAAUUGCUCAUUAUAUGCUCGUCAGUCAAGGCAGCAAUAACACGCGUGAAUUCGGAAGUAAUUGAAAAUAUAGGAUUUGGCGAGCGCGGUCAACGUGAUCCGAGAAUAUUCGUCCAAACCCUCGAAUUUCUGAUGAACUAUUAUGCUGACAAGGAGGAUCAAAUCUAUCCACGGAUGGAAUUCGAUAACGAACGUGUAACGACCGUGACAAAUUGCUACAAAAUUUUUUUCCACAAUCAUAAAGUUUCAAAUUUUGAUGAUAUUUGCAGUAGAACAUUUCAAUACAUCUACAAAAUGUGCCACCAACCAAACGUCAUCAGCCAACAGAUAAUCAUUGAGAUAUGGGAUGAGAUGCGUAAGAUAUCCGACAAGAUCAUCGAGGGUGAGGACGAUAAGGCAACGCAGGAUGCAGCAACACAAGAUAAUGGCUUAACACAGACUCCGUUUAUUCGUCCAAGUCAAAAUGGUUCAUUGCUUCGUGUAGGAAACAUGAAAUUACCGGCGAUUCUUUUAUCACGUUUUAUUUUCAUGAUUGGCUAUGUUGCAAUGAAAGAGCUGAUUUAUUUGGACAUUGAUAUUUACACAAACUUAAAAUAUCGACAAGAAUUGGCGGACAUACUCAAAAAUAAGAAAAAGACAAAUGCAAUUGCUAAUAAACUUAAUGGACGUAAAUCGACGCUUAACAUGUCUGCAACAGCAGCCGUACGUAAAUCAGUUUUACCAAAUCAACAACAAAAUCAAGACGAAGAAGAGAAUAAUGAAGAGGAUGUAAUUGGACCGUCAGCAGAAGAUGCUUUUGCAGAACAAAUUAAUACAAUUUGUGAGCAUGAGUUACUUUUUCAUAAAGAUGGCAUUUUCAGGAGAUUUGUGCCUUUAAUCCUCGAAGUACUAAAAUAUCCAAAACGAUUUAAUAAUUCCGAAAUACAGAGAUCAGCCUUAUUAGCUUUAGUUCACUUUAUGUCAGUCAGUUCCGAGUUCUGUCAGAAAAAUAUGGAAUUUCUUAUGAAUAUAUUCUCACAUUCAAAAGACAUCGACAUUAAAUGCAAUGUGAUAAUUGGAAUGAGUGACUUAACAUUUAGAUUUCCAAAUAUUGUCGAGCCUUGGAGUGCACACAUGUACUCAACAUUACAUGACGAAAACAGAGUUUUACGACUGACGAGUGUCCGAAUUCUUUCACAUUUAAUUUCACACGAAAUGAUUCUUAUUAAAGGACAAAUUUCUGACCUUGCGAUGUGCCUUGUUGAUAAGGACGACGAAAUUCGUACAUCGACGGAAGUCUUUUUUAAGGAAAUCGCACACAAAUCAAAUAUUCUAUAUAACGUACUGCCUGACAUCAUUAGUCGUUUGGGCGAUCCAAAUUUGAAUCUUGAAGAGGGAAAAUAUCAAGUUAUUAUGCGAUACAUUAUUGGAUUAAUUAGUAAGGAUCGACAAAUUGAGAGUCUUGUCGAUAAACUAUGUUAUCGCUUUAAAAUGACUGAACAGGAGAGACAAUGGCGUGAUAUAGCUUUUUGUCUGUCUUUACUAUCGUACACGGAAAAAACAAUUAAGAAAUUGAUUGAGAACAUUGGGUUCUUUAAGGAUAAAGUACAGAUUCAGGAGGUUUAUGACUUAUUCCGAUACAUCAUUACUAGCACUUUGAAGCUUGCUAAGCCAGAACUUAAGGCCGUUGUGCAAGACUUUGAACUGAAAUUGGAAGAAUGUCUAGCCGUAAAUGAUAAUCCAACCGAACAAAAUGAACACGAUGAGAGCAACAUGAGCAUUCGUCGUCCAAAUAACACAACAGUCAGUAAACGAGCACCAGCAACAGCACAAAAAGGAAAAGGUAAGAGCAAGAAAACGCCAGCUCCAAAAAGUCGUGGUACACGUGGACGACGCCAACAAGUCUCGAGCGAUGGAAGUAGCGACAGUGAGGCUGAAAAUAAUCCACGAAGAGGGAGACGAAAGCAACAGCCAGUUUCAUCUGAAUCAGAGGAAGAAGAACCCGUACGAAAAGGAAAAUUAGCUCAGAGCAAUCGCAAGAAAUUGCCUCCUGCACGACCAACACGUUCUGGUCGCAGUAAAAUUAUUGAAGAACCGACUUCUUCAGAUGAAAAUCCCUCACCAACUGAUAAAUCGUCCUCUAAACGUUCGAGGAACUAGAAAAUCCUUCUCCUUAAUUUAAAUCUCAUCACAAUGUGAUUUUCCAUAGCUAUCAUUAGCUUUCUAUAAAUUAACAAAAACAAAAAAUGUUAAGAACCUCGAUGAUAUUAUCUAUAAACUAAGUCCAUAGACAUCACAAAAAAAACUGAUACUAAAGAAGCGAAUCAAAAAGUAUUAAUAAUAUUUAAUAUAUAUUGAAUUAAUUUAAAUUAUUAGUUGUUAAUUAUUUCCUUCCCUGUUACCGUUAAUCACUGAAGAAAAUAGAAAUAAAAAAAAAUAGAUGCAAAAAC